GUUCCCUCUCUGAUUUUCUCCCUCGCUUCAACACCAAAAUCGGCGACGUUGUAUUCUUCUUGAAAACCUCUACCAUUCUUCGUCACCAGCACGCCUGUCGCAAUCAAUUUAGGUGCAUCUUCUGCAAUACGGAUAUUGAUGAGAUCCACAGCUCCUUCGCUUGGGAAGUGAACACUAUACUUGGAUAAUAGAUUUGGAUUAUUUUCUUUCUGGUGGAGAAGAACUGCAAAUCAUCGAAGACAGAAGCUCCAGAUGCAAGUGAAGUAUCUUCUUGAUUUGAAUCAUCAAAUGAUAUCCACUGUAGACUCAACUUUGAAAACAUAAAUAAAAUUGAUCUAAAUACUUUUAACCCUCUUCAAUCAAAUCAUUCAAAUCCUGUUGUGCCUUUUCAGUGUCAUACAUUUGAGACUUUUGAGUAUCAGAUAUCCCAUUCAGGAGUUCAUGGAGUUGCAAAAAUUGGUUCAAACCACCAUGGCGUUACAGUUUGUUCUGCACUGGACACAUAUUUUGGUAGAAGUUUCUGGGAUUCAAGUGAUUUGAGAGAUAAUGGAACCAAUAAACAAUGUGUCUUUUAUAAUGGUGGAAUAUGCUCAGGCAUUGAUUAUCUUCAUUAUGGAGAGCAAUAUCUGGAUGGAGGAUGCUACGUGGACAGACCACUUCUACUCAGGGUUUGCAGACCCUAACUCAAGUUGCUUUAAUCACCACAGAACAGGCUGGAGGAAAUUUGUGUAGUAGAGCACCUCCUCCUUGGUUUGAAACAGCAGAUGAAACUCUUCUAGAUGAUCAUGUAAAACCAGCUUCAAGCAGCUUUGUUUAUCCUUCAAAUAAAUCUGUGAAAUCUCAAAAGUUGAAUUCAAAGAGAGUCGGUACUGCUUGGGCUGAAAAGCAAAAGAUGGAGCUGGAAAGGGAGAAGAAGGGAGAAGAAGUGAGAAGUUGUGAAGAAUGAUUUUGAUGGUGCUAACUGGCUUCCCAACUUUGGCAGGGUCUGGCAAUUGGGUAGCCGAAAGGAGUCUAGAAAAGAAUUUCAGAAGGAGAAACAGAAAUUACUCAAGGUUGUAAAUGAUCCUGAGAAAAUAAUUAACACCCAGCCUCACUUCUGCAACCGAAUGUAAGCAUCCUAUCCUUCCAUCCAAUAUUACUUGGACUUCCAGGCCCCAGAUCUAGUCUCUUAUGAGCUGGAAUGAUAAAAAUCUACACCUUUUCCAUGCUCAUAUCAUAUGUUGAUUUUAUUUUAUUUUAUUUUAUUGCUUUUUUUAGUUUUGGUUGAAACACAUUGAUUUUGUUUAGUGGUUGUCUUUUGUAGAAACUUGAAAGUAAGUCAAGGCAUGGAACAUGCAUUGCAAUUAAAAAUUUAGUUUUGCUUUACUCUUCAUGUCACAUUUUGUACUUGUAUGUUGCUAAAUCCCUGUGCAUCACAUGUUUGUCUAAAAAAGUCAAAGGGGAGAAAGACUUUCCAAGAUCUUUAUGUAGAACUCAUACUAAUGGUAACAAUUUUUGCUACAUAUCCAAGGAGCCAUGGAUAUAGAAUCAGGUUGUCUCACUUGGAUCACCGCUGCACAAGGUUGCAAUUAUAAUUCUUGCUGAUAAUUUUCUUGCAAUUGCAAUUGUCAGAAAAUUCUUCUAUAUGAGUCAAAUGAUUGGAAGAAUAGUUAAAAGUUGAGAUUUGAUGUCUAAGAUUAUGCAUGUUGAGGAUUAGAGUCCUUGUAUCAGUUGUUUAACUGAUAUAAUUAGUACCUAAUACUGAUCAGCAUUUAAG